GGUGUUUGUAGGAUAAUUUAGUGAACAAGCAGUAAACCAAUAUGGCGGCCGAAAUGAACGGUGAAAUUCAAGAUUUUCAAGCAAAAUUGAGAAAGAAAGGCUGGUAAGUUACAUUUUAAGGUAAUUAUGUAAAUUUACUGGACUCAGGACGCAAAUUACAUUUUAUAGACUUCAAUUAUUUUAAAUUACAAGUUUGGAAACUAAUUUUUAAUAUAUAUAAAGACAAUAAAGUUUAUACAUCAGUCAUCAGUGCAUCAAAUCACAUCACAUCACAUCACAUGAUAGAUGCUUUUAUAUGAGUAAAUGUACUCAAACUCGGCAUGAUAGAUGCUUUUAUAUGAGUAAAUGUACUCAAACUCGGCAUGAACAGUGUUAAAUAGAUAUACAUGAAAAGGACGUAACAAAAUAAUCGCUAGUUUUAAACCUUAAGGCACUAUUAUUAACGGAUGAACUGUUAAUUGCCCAUCAGUAGUCACUACAUGAGUACACCUGGUCCUGGAUAUGUAUUUAAACUUUAAAUAGUUUUGCGACGUAUUAAACAGCACAAGCUGGACAACUCAAGCAUGCUAAAGCAUUCAAAAAAGCAUGCGUUCACUUACUGGCAAGCAAAUGCAUGUGCAUUUUGGGUUGCAAAAUCAAAAAAAUGUUUACUGAUCUGUAAAGUUGUUUUUCAACUCUUUCAUGGUUUUUCUCCUCUUCUUGUUUUGCCCAUGCAGGAACGUUCAAAAUAACAUAUUUCCCAUCUCCAACAGCCAAGUUACAAAACCGUGUUUGCAUUUUCUGUAAAUUCAUUUUGAAUUUAUUUAACCCGACUGAAAAUUUUUCAACCCAAAUUCUGGUAAUUUUACACUGAAAAAUUGUUUUUAUAAGUUGGCCAAAAUGCAAAAAAGUUGAGAAAAUUUAUUUCUCAAUUUUUUCCCCUACCAUGUACGCCCAUGUUUUUCAUUAUGUGCAAGGUCAACUAAGUUGCUUGAAAACUGAAACAAUGGAAUUUAAAUUGAAAUAUAUUAUUACCAGAAAGAAAGUCAAAACAAAACAUGUAUACAUUCCCAUAAUCGUAUAUCUUUGAUUUUGGUAGCUUAUGGAGAUCUCUAUUAGCUCAAAUUUCUGCUUUGGAGACCUUUACUAGUUCAUUCCUAUUUUGCCAAUAAGGCUGAAAUACUCAAUCAUGUUUGAUGAGAAAUUGAUGAGAAAACCUCACAGACAAAGCAAAAAGUAUGAAAUAAUGAAAAAAAAAUUCAUACAGUGCAAAAUAUGCAGUAUGUGCAAGCAGGUUUGUGUAAGUUGAUACCUUACUUUGAUCAGCAAUACAUCCAUGGUUAUUGUGGAUUGGUAUGUUUCAUUUGGUGACAAGACUUCGUAAGGUCAGGGCCGUUCCGACCGACAUGUCUUUGGGGGGAGGGGAUGAGGACAAGACUUUGGGGGCCCCUUUAUGUUUUGGCCGGGUUCCUGACUUUUCUUUGAAAAAUUACAGUUGUGACUUAAAAUUGAUCAUUUUUGAAAAACUCACUCCUGCAUGUUUUUUCCUAAAACGAAUAUCCAUAUUAAAAGAAAUAUCAAUAAAUCGAGAUAACAUCAAUAUUUCAAUAUUGUUUCUACCCUUGAAAGUCACUAAAUCUUAAACCUGAUUUUUGCCAAACUACGUGCAGUAUACAGAAAAACAAUUAGUGGUUUCUAUUUCCCAAUUUAUACAUGUUAUUAGUAUUUGAGAAAUUUCACAGCUGUUGACUUGUUGCUGCCGUAGCGAACGAGCGUGAAGCGAGCGAGGCAGCAGACUAAUCUUUAUGUAUAUGUAUAUAUAUAUAUAUAUAAGGCAGAUGAAAUCUCGAUCGUUUCGGCGUAUUUCAGCCUACCACAAUGCACUGCUUCCGGGCCGGCAGGCUAUUCUUGCCUAAUAAACAGGCAUUAGGCAAACAAGCAAUGUGAUCAUCUUUCAUCUUUGGUUUUCUUUUAUGACCUUUUAUGGAAAGCCAUAGCUGGCGUAAGUGAUCAAACGGCAUUUUGUCGAUACUUUGUGAGGUUGUCUUGUUUAUAUUUUUGCCUUCUUUGAUAAACAUUUAUAUUAACACUCGCACAUGUUAAAUGUCACCUGCAUGUCAUUGUCAUUGCCCUUAACCCCUGGUUUUAAAUCAUAUGAUUAUUGAAGCGGGGCCGUUUUGACCUAGCACUGUAGGCAAAUUGUCUAUACAAUUUUAUAUACUAGAUAUCACAGUCAUACCUGCCAUUUUGAUCUUUUCCUCGCGUUAGAUAAGUUGAUAAGUACACUCAUUCUUGUACGUUAGCCAUCGUACCUGUUCGGCUGUUCCUCUUUCGAUACGAAACUUCGAGCGCCGAGUUAUCGUACGGCACAUUCAAGUGUAUAAAUUAUGGAUGAUUCCAUUUAAUUACAAAUAUUUCUUACUCUUAUUCUUUAAAAUAUUAAAGAUUUGGGAACAAUGCUAUACCAAGGCAGCAUUCACUACCCUGUGGGUAAACUAGUAACUUAUAGGUGAAACAUCUUCAGCUGAAGCAUAAAUACCUCCGGACGACUUGAAACUUCUCCAGUUUUCUAUACACACACAGAAUACUUCUACUGGGAACAAAUUUCUGAUAAACAUCGAAAAAUGUUAUUUAAAAGCUGUUGUGCAUUCUCAAUACCGGUAUACUGAAUGCAUUAUUCAUAAGGCGUUAGCCUGAAUAGCAUCGCCAUGAAAAUUUAAGAUACAGUAAUAAGAAAUUACCAGACGUUAAAGAAAGUAUCAAAAGGAAUAUACGAAGACGAAGUUAUAAAGACUAAAGAAUUGUCAGCAAUUGAAGAGUUAAUUGUGCUCAGUAAAAAGAGAUAAUUUGGAGCGAGUAUUAAUGCAUACCCUGUAUACUUAGGUCAUAAAGUUAUAGAGACGCUAAUUGUUGAGUAAAAUAUACGUAAGAAAAUGAAUGUAGAAUUGAAAGUAACUGGUUUCACAAUCUUUUGUUGCGAACCAAUAGAACCAGAGCGGCCAAAUAUAGUAGGGACCAGCUCGUAACAACAGUCGAUAUACAGACUAUUUACCUUAAGCCCAUUAACCAUACUAACAACGGACCAUACUAGUAAUAAUAAAAAUAUAAUGUAAAGUAUAAUCUGUGAGAAAAAAGUAGAAUGAUUGUGUUACCAUGACUACUACGUAACGCAAGCCAGUGUUCCAUCAGUGGUUGGUUGAAACAAUGUCUGAGAAAUAUAGUUCUUUUGGCCAUAACUAUACAGAAAAUGUGUAUUUCAAUUAAUCAUGAAAUAGCACGACGGAUUAGGGCGCAAUGCAACUUAUACUGGGUUACAGUAAUUUAAUAAAGAGAGCGACGGUGCAUGUAUGGUAUAUAUUUCAUAUGAACGAUAUACUGUAUAAGACACCAAGUCAAACCUUCAUCAAUGUAUUCUAUGUUAACAUAUUCUAAUCUAGUAAUCACGAUUUUAAAUACCAAAUGACAAACAAAACCUGCAGAUUUUUUACAAUGAGAGGCAUUUUGGCUCUGUUGACAUUGAAAGGCCGAUCUCAAGAGAUAAAAGAGAUAUUAAUAAAAAAUCGGUGGGCUUUAUCAUAUGUCACCGAUACCUUUAAUUGGUGUAAUUUUGGUUAGAUUGUCGAAUUCGUGUUCUUAAAACGGCCUAUAUAUUAAAGUAUUCGUUCAUCAAUGAACUGCAUUUAGAAUAACACUAUUAACUACAUUCAGAAUCCGUUUUAUUUUUAAAAACAAAUCUUUAUUUAUUUAUUAGGAAAUGCAUGUCCGCCGCAUGCAACGUUUUGCUCCUGAAAGCAUGCAUGCAGUCGAAUUGAAGGAAUCUUGAAUUGGUUGAAUUGUCUGAAAUUGGUUGGUUGCUAAUCGAUGUGACAUAUUCCAAAUUUGAUAUUUCAACUAUGGCCACAAAGAAAAAAAAUUGGACAUGCACUGUCAAAUCUGAAGGGGAGGGGCACGGCUUAUCUCCGCGUUUACUCAUCCGAUCACUAGCUAGCUCUCCCAGGGAAUAAACUGGCGAUGCCCAGCGUAAUGGUAUCAAAUUAUUGCAAUAGGCCGUUUUUACUAAUUGACGACUCUUUUGAAAAUGCCUAGACGCAAGUUUAAACGCUGAUAUCUCAGCGUCUAUCGCAUGUAUGACCUACCUGUAUAUCAAAAUUUAAGUUAGCCCCUUUUGGGUACGGUAAAAGUUAUUUGAGCGAUAUAGCCGUUUUACUUUUGCCGCUAUAUCAAAUCAAACAGGGGAACUUUUUUCUGCGCCACCUGGCAGUCAAAUGUUUCUGCUAAGGUAACAAUUUGUGUAGUUCUAGAUUAUUUACUAUAAUGUUAGACAGUAGAUGUGAGUAUCUUAAUAUACGGUAUGUAAAGGAAAUAAUGCAUUUCCGCUUUGCAGGAAUAUUAGCACAGAAGGAAUAGAAGAAUGUAUGCAAGAACUGGGACAGCGCGAUAGGACAGUUGAAAAUGCUACUAAAUGGGCUCUUAAUGUAAGCAUAAUCAUUUGCAUUAUUUUAUUAAAUUAUCAUUAAAUUACAUUUAACCACAUCUACAGUAUGCAUACUCUGCAUGUAUAUAUUAUAUUUUUAUUGAUUAUAAUUUUUUUAAACUUACACAAAAGUACAUUGAUUAUAACUUAAUAGUAUGUGUUUUCAUUAUAGUGUGAUUUGAAAGAGAUUGGGUUUAAAGUACUCACAGAAGAGGUGAAACGUGGUCAAGUAAAAAUGGUAUGAGCGUUUUAUUGGUUUUCGCAUCGCAUGAUAUGAAAAAUUAUCAAGACCUCAGUUUGUGUUAUCAACCUCAGCCUUCGGGUUUUGUCGAUACUUCGACUUGAUAAUUCUUUACAGUAUAUCAUACUCAACUCAUUCAGUAAUUAUUGAAUAUAACUAAGAAAAUGGUAAAUGUUUUUGGUACUGUUGUACAAUUAGGAUUUUUAGGUUUUGAACACGAGAAAUUCCAUCAUUGACUGAUUCCUUUGUUGUACUGUUAUAUAUUCCCGUGAUAGCUUCAGUGUUGUAUCACUUUCACCUUCAGGUUGAAGGACCACUUGUCCUACAGAUUCAAAAGAUUCGCAACAUUUCCGCCCCCAAAGCGAACGAGGAGUCUGGAGCUGCCCCGCGUUUGCUAAAACUACAACUUACUGAUGGCCACACAACAUGUUUUGCUCUGGAACACUCACUUAUACAAAAACUUAGGUAUUAUGUAUUUCUGUUUUUAUAUCCUUUUUCACUUUUGUGAAUAAACAUUCGGGUUUGAAGAAUUACUAAAAUUAAAUCCUGGAGUGUAACACACAAUUAAGAAUGUCAUAUUUGAUAUUGUCAGUCUUUCGCACGCAGUUUUUAUCUUUUAUAAUUAUAAAUAAACAUGUGCAGGUAUGUAAUUCUAAUUGCAACAAAUAUAAUUUUAGUUUGUCAACACCACCUGGGACUAAGAUUCGUCUCAAAGGCACUGUUCCAUUAUUCUGUGGUUUUAUGUUGUUGGAACCCCGGCAUGUGGAAGUUCUUGGCGGUAAAGUAGAGAAACUUAUUUUGAAAUGGGAGACACACAAGGUUAGUGUGAUAUAUAUUUCUAAAUGUCGAAUUAUAAUUGUUAAUUAAUUUAUCUUUUAUUACCACUUUUAUUAAGUUAUAUUCCUACUCUUUUUCCAUUUGCAAUUUUAUAUUACAGGUAGACUACGCGAAGCGUUCCUCUUUUGAGUUCAUAAGUCAUUUGGAAUUUCCCUAAUUACCUUUGCAUAUUUGAAAAACCUCUUUGCAAAUCCUUUGAGGGAAUUUGCAAUGUUCCUAAGCUAAUUAAAUGUUCCUGCACUUCCUGUUCAAAUUUACUAACUUUCUGUUCUGUUCAUCGCAUUCUGUCUGAUUGUGAUUGGUCUACAAAAAUAAUCUACGAUCACAAUGCGAAGAAGUUAGGACGUUUGAACAAGGAAGUGAGGAACAUUAUAAUUAGCUUAGGAACAUUGCAAAUUCCCUCCAAGGAUUUGAUAAAAGGUUUUUCAGAUAUGCAAAGGUUAGAGUUAUGAACUCAAGAGAAGAACGCUCACGUAGUUCACCUGUACUUGCAAGCUAGUUUUGCGUUUUACGCAUCGGAUGGCGUUGAUUUACUGUAAAAGGAGUAAAUUAAACCAAAGGAUAAAAAUAUAUAGAUUUGCAUGUUCUGCAUUACGUUGACCAAUGUGCUUUGCAUAAAAUGGAAUGCUAACUCCAAUAAUGAAGCUUAUACUUGGUUGAAGCCAAUGCUAUGUCAUACCACAUGCAGAGGUAGCAAUUGAUAUGUAUACUGUACAUGGUCCAUACUACAGUAUUCAUUAACCAAUAACGAACUGGUGAAAAUAGUACAGUAUUUUUGUUCUUUCUUGAAGAGUGUGAGUCAGCAGCGAGCUUUACCCAGUAACCCGAGUGAUGAUGGUCCUCCAUUGUUCAUUGCUUUUGAUCCUAAAACGAGCAAUAGUCAUGUAAAGAGAAUUUCUAUCUCGAAAGGUGAGUUCCAUACAGUGUACAUAUACAGUACUAUAUAUUUAAUUUUUUGUGAUUGAUGAAAUUGAUUGGUUUUUGUAAUCCCCAAGUGAAACGUUCUAGUUUGAAUUCACAUGCAUCCUACUGUAGUACAGUAUUCCAAAUUUAUUAAUAUCCAAAACUAUUCAGAAGUAUUUUUAUAUAAUAAUACAGGUACAUUACUGUAAAAACGAAAUGCUGGUGACAGAACUGUCUAUUAACAGAACUGUCGAAUUAAUUAUCAGUCGGUUAAUAUAGCUGAAUAUGGCAGGUUCAAAUUCGGCCUGAGUUAGAUUUAUAUGGAUCUUGACAAUACAGUGUUGGGUUUUAACAGUAAAUGCAUAUGUUUGUUAUAAUUUACUAGUUUUAACUCUGCAAAAUAACAUGCAAGAACAACGAUUCUAAGAGUUGAGGAUUUUACUAGAUUCUUUGAAAAUGAUUUCACUUUUAACACAGCCGUUAAUCAAAACACUCAGGAUUCAGUGUCCAGUCAAGAAAGUAGCUCCAGCCAAAAAGAUGAAAACAAGAAAGCACACGCGGCGUUUGAACACAGUCGAGAUCAACGUAUCCAGACAGCUAAACAAGGUAAUGAAAGACAGUCUAAUCCUACCAAAACUGGAAACAAUGCAAACAGAAGUCUUCAAGUCGCUGGAAAUCAGGUAUUUUCUAUAUUAUGCUAUAUAUACCUUAUUGCUUUACGUGUAAUAACGUGCAAGUUUUGGGGAAAAGCAUAGACGUCAUAACUACAGUUGGAUAAAAUUACUGUUGUGAGUCUUGUGACACAUUACCGAUGUUUAAAAAUUAUUGGUGGACACAUUACUGGUGUGUAAUGGUAUAUUAAGCUAAUUUUUUAGCUUCGCUUAUUUUUAAUUGAACCAAAGGAAGUUUAACACAUGUCCCUAAAUUUAGGCACUAACGCCUGCCCUGAUUGAUUGUGUAACUACUGUAUACUGUAGAUGUAAUUUGUGAAUUCAAGAAGAUGUCUGGAUGUUCUAAAAAACUAAGAUAUUUACCGAGCAAGGGUGCUGGUAUAGUUAUUCUCAAUCGCGUUGUUUCGAAUCGGGCAUUAUUUAUGUUGCCGUUUAUUUGUAAAUACUGCAUGUGUAAAUUUACAUGACUCUGUAAGUCAGCCUAUAUGCGUGCAUAAUUAAUGCACUUACGUUAAUUUAAUUUGCUAAGUCUUCCAUAUUUACAGAGAAGACGAGCAGAUUCUUCAAGCGACAGAGACCAGAGACGAGUUGAAAAGGAUCUAGACGUAAAGCCGACUGGUCCAAAACAAGAAGCAUUUGGACACAAUCAAAGUAACAAAUAUGUUCGAGACGCACAGUUUUCAGACAAAAAUGAUGGACAGGUAUAGUGUUUAUAAUUAUACUGGGGAAAAUGUUUUUAAACAUUGGGGCCAACUGAAAUAUUCAAUAUUUUGAUAUCACAAUAAAAAUCAAUUAGAGCAUGUUACAGAUAUUCGGUGGAGUCCAAAUGGAAUAGGAUUACUUUGGUCCUGAAAAAUUAGUGUCUGGAUGUCGUAACCGGAAAUCUACUGUACUUAAAGGUCUCCGGUACAACGUACCAUGCAGCGCCCGGGCAACUAGUAAGAUGCACAUUUGUUACAGACGAGUAUAGUUGAUACAUAUUAUAUUCCCCAGUCUUUCAUUAGGGUGUCCCAGUAGCCCUGCGUGUAUUACAGUAGAAACGACAUUCUCGGUUUCAGAUCCAUUUUAGGUGAAAAGCUUCUUAACAAUAUUAUGAAUUUUCUAUGCAUUUUAUUAUUAGCAGAAAUAUGCGGAAAAGAAUAAUCAUGGAAGAAGAUCAGGCUUUCGUAAAGGUGUGAUCUACAGUGUAAUGUUUUAUUCAAUUCUAGUAAUGCUAAUUUAACAGUAUUUAGCACUUCUGCAACUUCCGAAAACCCUAUAUUCACCAACACGCUUCUUGUGUUCUGCAUAUUCGGGCAUUUUAGAUUCUUUUGCUCGUGCAGUUAGUCAACUGUUGGUGCUUUUAUUUUCUUUAAAAUAUCUUAUCCUAUCCUAUCGAAGAAGUGACAUCGAUCCACUGCUCUCUUCUGCAGGUGGAAGGCACAAUGACGAUUCCAAUGAUGAUUAUUCGACGUCAAGGCCGUCAGAGGGAACUCUCUGGGAUUUCCUUGAAACUAAGCUUCCUUCAAAAGGUAUACUACAAAUGAUAUACUGUAUACUUAUCAUUUAUAGACCCGAAAGGGGUUCAUCUUGAGAGGGAUAUCAUCAAUGAGGAUAAUAUUUCGCCGAAUCCCACGAGCAGGGGGUCUAUAAAUCAUAUACUGUAGUAUACUCAAAGUUAAAGAACCCACUAAGUAGAGAAUAAACUUGCUGAAUAGAAGUUAUAGAACUACUGUAUUUUUUUUAUACCUGAGUUUUUAUGUUUUCCCUUUGACAUAUUUAAGUUACAUAACAUAUCUCCUAAUAUUUAAAUCUUUAUUCAAAGUAUGAUAUAAUUGUAAAACAGUAAAACUUACUAUUGUAUGUGCAUUGAUACCUUUGAUUGUAAAGUGCAUUUAUUGUGUUAUUUUAUUCUUUGUAAUGCUCAUUCCGAUUUAGCUCAUUAGGGAGCUAUUCAAUGUGUGAAUAAUUUAUUAAACAUAAUAUCGCACGCCAGAUCUGCCGGGGGAUAUUAUAAUAUCUCACCUUGCGGCCAUAAUCAUAGAAUUGGGUGAAAUAUCGUAAAAAAUCACAAUGUCACGUGGUACGAAUGCUGUUUUUUUAUUGGGCAGUUUAAGGGAGGUUUAAGGAGUUGGAAUUCGUCAAAAUAUUGGAUGGCAAAGUAUGCGCAAUGCAGCGAAAAAUCACAGCUCUUAAGAAAUCUUAUUUUUUUAUAAGAAUAUGAAAAAGAUGCCUUCUUUUCUUGACGUUUCAAGCGCACUCUGUCAAUCGCCCAUCUAACUUGUAGUACUAUAUAUAACAAUAUACGAGUUAGCGUGGAUUCUGGUGCGUCACCCUGGGAUUAUGUAGCGACCUUUAUUCUCAUUUUCUGUUAAUAUAUUACAGGUUACGAAACAGAAAAUGCCAAACCAAAGAAUUCUUCUGUUGAUUAUUUCGAAUGGGGUGAAAGCAACGAGAGUCGACAACCCAGUAGCCAACGCGAUGGUCAGUACAGAAACCAGCGCGCAAAUCAACAGCAACAUGACAGACCAACGCUUUCAACUGGUGGUAACUUGCAAAGGGUUGGAUACCAAGGCAUUCGUGAUGAUCAUCGCAAAAAUCAGAAUGUAGAUCAUCAACCCUAUCAGCAGGGAGAUCAAGGGAGGAAUAAUAGAGAGGUAGAUAAUUACAGAGACAAAGAAAGUGACCGAAGUCGAUACCAACCCAGGGGUCAACAGAAGCACGAGCAUCAGACAAAAGACCAGCAUGUCCACCAGCAUAAAAAAACACGCGAAAGACCUAAUCAAAUUCAGUACAGUAAAGAGAAGGAGCAAGGUCCGGAGAAAAAGGAUGAUAAACAUAAUGACAGAAGAAACGAUCGACCAUCGAGAACAGAACGUGUUGAUAAACAAAGCAAGCAACCAGAGAUUAGACAUGGCAAUCAAAGUGGAAAAAAUGAUAAAGUUAGCGGUCAACAAAACAAUCAAAUGGGUGACAGUUAUAGAAAGGAUUAUCCAAAAUAUGAUAAGGCAGACCAUAAGAAGUCAGAAGGUGGUGACAGCACACUAAAAAGUACUCGUGUGGAGGAUAGAACACCAAACUAUAGAAGUAAAGGCCAUAAAGGCGAAAAGCAAGGUGGUGUAUUAACGGAUCAAAGUAACCGUGGGAGUAAAGUUGAGCAAAAUGUGCGUAUUAACAGAGGAGGAGCAGGACCGGACGGCAAAAGAUCGCAGCAGUCGCGGGAGAAACAGGGCGAACACGAUGGAAGAACUCCCCGAGGGGAUGUGCAGCAAUAUAGGGAAAGUAGAGAUGUGUCGAACAAAAAACAUGAGAACGCGAAUAAAGGGGCUUACAAUGUUUCUACUAAAACCAAACGCGAACAUAUGAAUCAAACGCAUCAGAGUAAUAUAAGUGUUCCAAUAGUGGAAGAGACGCAGAAGAGAGACUCGCAAAUAAAGAGUACCCCAGUUCCUGUAGGACAGAGUGAUAGUCAAAAACAUCGCGAUCAGAAUGAAAGAUAUGGGGAUGGUGUGCCUGGUGGUCGCGGUUACGAAUCUCGGAAGCAGGUAAAGUAUAAGAAAUUGAGAAAAUAAUUUUUUAUACAAAUGUAUAAUUGCUUAAAUGCCGUUUACCGUGUGUUAACUAAGACGUUCUUGUAUAUAGAGGACUGCUUGGUCAUUUAUAAAGAGCGGAGAAACAACGUCGCAAAUAAUAGUUAAUAAUUGUAUGUGCAACCCUUCCGUAUAUCGUCAUCUGUUGUGGUGCAAAUAAAAUAUCGAAUUUUGUAAACAUAAUUAUUCUAGUCGGCGCAUUCCAGAAAAUAAUGAAAACUUUUAAAUUAGGUGUUUUGUAUCAAGCUAGCAUUUGCUUUAAUGUACUGUAAUGUAAUGCAAGAAAAGCCUGCGCAGGUUUUAUUUAACAGAUAUAAAACAUUUUGCGUGUUGAUAUACAGUUAUAUCAACACGAGUGGAAAUUGGGAAAACGAGAAAUUGUGUGGAAACACGACGUCCGGAGGGCUGAGUGUUUUCACACAAUUUCGAGUUUUCCCAAAAAAAUGUUUUAUAUUCUUUUUAUAAUAUGGCACGAAGAAAUAUAAAGAAAGAAAUGUUCCGUGUUGACAUUGAGUUAUAUCAACACGGCUCUUAGCCAAUCAGCGUUCACAAUUUACAAAUGCUAUAUUUAUAAUGUGUUGUCUUAUAUAUAGCAUUGGUGGCAAGAAGGAGAAGACUGUAUGGCUUUUCGCGCCCAACAGGGACAG